UGCGAUGCUCCUGCCAUCUUAGCUUGACAAGCGUUUUGUAAAAUGCGUGUAUAUGAGAGUAAUUUAUUUGGACAAAUUGUUUUUAAAAUAAAAUCUAAGUAUCUUUUAGAAUUAUAAUAUCAGUGGUUAGUGGCAAUCUUCAUACAUUGUAGAGCGGUUUUAUGCCCCAGGAUAGGAAACGUUGUCAUUUUUUAAUUCUAGUUCAGUGACGCGUUUUGGUGUACCCAAUUUUUAUAAAUGGACCUUUAAGGUUGAAUUUUAGGAUACAUAUCUGGUUAGCACAAUAAAUGUAAGUAGUAGAUAUGGAACCAAAUAAAAAGUUAUCGGAAAAAUCCAAAACUACUAAUUCUGAAGCUGAACCUGAGACUCCAGUCUCAAAGGAGAAAACGGCGCCAAAUUUAAAUGGAGAUGAUACUGAAAUAGAUAAAGAAACAACAAUAGAUGAACCAGUAAAAGGUGAAAAAGAAGCUACUUCAGUAGAAGAAGAAACUGUAGUACCAGAAAAACAAGGUGAAGAAAAAGAAGGACAUAAAGAAGCUGAUCAAGAGCCUAAAAACGCUGAACAGGAACCUAAAAAUGCUGAACAAGAACCUAAAAAUACUGAACGAGAACCUGAGGAAAGUGAAAAAGAAAUCUUAGAAAAUGAGAGUGAACACGAAGAAGAAACCAAAGAAAAUACAGUAAAAGAAAAGGUAUCCCAAAAACCAGAAUCUAUGGAUACCGAAGAAAAAGAAAAUGUGGCAGAACCAGUUAAUAAAGUUGCUGAUGACAAAACAAUUACAUCAACUGAAAACAAUAAAAAUAUAACUGAAGAUGCCAAAGAGACUGCAAAUAAUGCUAAAGAAGGAGUGAAAAAUGCUAAAAACGUUCCAGAAAGGAUAGAAAAUCCAAAGGAGAAAGUACCCAAAGGAAGGAAACGUAAAAUAUCAGAAAUUGUUAAUACAGAAAAUGAAAAUAGAACUGAAACAACAAAGGUGCUACCAACUCAAAAGGAAUCUAAAAGUGAUCCAUUGAGCCAUCUUGACCCAUUAGUAGUAGUAAAAGAGGAACCAGUGGAUGUGGACUUAUACCCUACCAGUGUAACGGAAACUUUGGGCAAAGGAAAACGAGCUAGAAUACCAAACAAAAGGUAUAGUGACAUAUUAAUGUCACCAACAUCAAUUAAAAAGUCUGUCUCCAAUACAACAGAAAAUGGUAGUUUGGAAUCAGGCAAUGAUACUGAUACUUCUAUAAAGGAAGAACCUUGGCAAAGUCCAUCUUAUAGUGGAAAUUCCAGUCCCGUUGUAAAAAGAAUAAAAUCAUCCCAUACUGACCUAUCUGAUCCUAAAUAUUUAAAACCCUUUAAGUAUGGAUGGAAAAGGGAAUUGGUUUGGAGAGGUACUUAUGAUCAAAGCAAAGGUAGGCAAGCUGAUAUUUACUAUUACACACCACUAGGUAAAAAAGUAAGAUCAACAAGAGAGGUUGCCGAAUUAUUAAAUAAUAAAGAACUUACCAUUGAAAAUUUUUCUUUUUUUAAAGAACCUAUAGGUCUUAGUGACACUUCAAAAGAAAUUAUUCGUGAUGCUAAAGUUAAACAAGCAGAACCUCUUUCCAAACUAGUGUUUAAUAAAUCAAUAAAAAGCACUCCUAUACAAGGUACAAAAAGUCCGAAAUUAUUAACUAAAUUUAGCAGCUUACCUACCAAAAAGUUGACGAGUCCUAAAAUAGCAAGUCCUAAAAUUACUAGCCCUAAAUUGGCAACUCAAAAGGUGGCUACUCCCAAAUUAGUGAGUCCCAAGAAUACAAGCCCUAAAAUGACCAGCCCCAAAAUAACUAGCCCUAAAUUGCAAAGAACUAAGGUGGUAAGUCCAAAAUUAGGAAGUCCAAGAAUUGCCUUAUCAAGAAUGAAAAGUGCAACUAGUCCAAAACUGGUGGCCAAUGCAGUUACAGAAAAUGCAUCAAAUAAAACAAGCAAGAUUAUGGUAAAGAAAGAAAUGAAAAAAAAUCUUGAAAAACCAGCAAAAAGGAAGGAAAUAGAGGAACCUUCACCGAUAGGAACACCAGGGAAAAGGAGUAGAAGGGAAAGUGCCGAAGGAGAUGGUAAUCAAAGUGAAGAAAGCAGUGGAGUUGGGCUUGACAAGCCCUGUCAGCCUUGUUCAAUUCGUUGUAAACCUGGUACAAUACCGACACUACAAUGCAGAGUAUGUUUGUGUCUUUAUCAUCACGAAUGUGUAGGCAUUGCACCGCAUUUUUCUCUGGCGUAUGUUUGCAAGAACUGCCAUCAAGACCAAACCUCCGACCAGUCUGCGAUAUUAAUGUCAGGAACGAUAAGCUCACCAACGAUAUUGAGUCCCCUACCUCCUUUGACACCAAUAAAUACUUUAAAGUCAUCUGGAGGCCAACCCAUUACUCUUCCUCCACCUAAACUUCAAAGAAUUCCCAAACCCACUGAUUCUGAAAACUCGUCUCAUCUACCAUCACCCCCGAGAUUAAAAACCGAACAAAAAUCCUUGGUAGGUUCUAUGACCACCUGGCUGCCUCAUAACGCCAAACUUAUCGAAAAUAUUCGCCAAGUUAACGAAACGCCAAGCGGUCAGGGCAUCCACCGACCCCAAUACGUUGAAAUUUUAGGGGGUAGAAAGUUCCUCGUCAUACCCAAACAUAAUUUCAUGUCUGUAUCACCAACGGUAGCUACUUCAGCGGUAACCUCGAGGCCAAAUGUAGAUCCUAUUAACAUAGAUUCCGCCAGUUUGGGUUCAGAUCCUGUAUCCGAAAUCAAAACCGAACCUGAAUCCCCUUCCAAACCAGAAAAUUCCCAAACACCAGAAGCUAUGGAAGUUGAAGAUAUUUUCGAAGAAAACAUUAGCGCUGAUUCCGCUACAGGAGACGGCGAAACUGGAGUUCAACCGGAUAUUAAGCCAGAGCUUGCUACGCCGAAAGCUCCAACUCCUCCCCCGGCUAUUGUCAAAACUAAAAAACGAAGCAUUAAAUUAAGCAGCAUCACAAGUUCCGAAGAAAAGGAAGAAAAGAAGUUCAUGGAAAACUACUUACAAAAUAUUUCUUAUGGUUAUAAUACAUUGCUGUACAUAUUCCAAUAUUUAAAAGUUCAAGAUUUAUUAAGAGCCGGAUGUGUGUGUACUAUGUGGAGAGAUAUUGCUAGUCAUCCAAUGUUGUGGAGAACAGUGAGGAUGAAAAAUUCACAAGUUCAUAGUUUCGAAGGCUUAGCUCAUUCUCUUAAAAAACAUGGUACUAGACACUUAGAUUUAAGAAAAAUGCUUUUGCCGACAGGGGGCGAUGAAAUCUGGCCAGCUUUCUCCGAAGCAAUUGAAAAAGUAGAAACUUUACGAAGGAUAGAACUAUGUAGAUGUCCUGCUUCAGUUGUUGAAAAAUUGGCAACUUCGAAUCCUCAAUUGGAAAUAAUAAAUGCUGUUACUAUUAAAUGCGAAACUAUGAAUCUCGAACCUUUAAAAGCUUUGACAGAGAUUAAAGAACUUCGCCUUAAAGCUACUGGAGGUUUAACUUUAACUUCAAAUAUUGAUUCUCUUAAAGACAUGACACAAUUGCGACAUCUAUCACUUACUUCUAUCAGACAUUUGAAUGAAAUGAAUCUUAACGUUGUUGCAGAUUUGGUUAAUUUAGAAUCUUUGGAUUUGGGAGAGUGCACCAAUUUUCCAGAAAAUUUUGGUAAGGAUAUACUUAUUAAACUAACGAAACUGGAAAAAUUGAGGCUCGAAAAAGGACAAAAAGAUUGUCAUACGUUUGAAAUAUUAGAAGCAGUUAGGCGAAUGGAACAUUUAGAUCAGUUGGAGUUGGUAAAUUUUGACAUUAAAGCAGGCUUCGAUAAAGCUUUAGGCGUGUGUCAAAAUAUAAAGAAACUACUUAUAAUUCCAACUUACAUUUCCCAAAGCGCCACAACCAAUCAUAUGGUAUUGGGUGGUGUAUUGAGGUUACAAAAUACAUUAUCACACUUUGUUUGGGGUGUUACUUUAGAACUGUUGCGAGUUACUGAACUUUUUGUAGACCAAUGCGAGGAUCCCAAAGAAAAAAAGGAAAAGAAACAAGUAGGUAACGGUGACUGCAUACCUGUUUUAAAACCAGUACCAUUGCUGUUGGAUAAGGAUAGUGAAAUUGCGCCUGCUUUAGAACCACCUCAGGUGGAAAUUUUGGCCUUGCCAAGUUUACAAAAGUUAUUAAUGCAGAAUUUGCCCACGACGAGGGUAAAAAUUUUGAAAAUACCUUUUCACGCAACUUGGCGACAAAGCAUUACUGAUUCUGUGAAUUAGAUUAGGUAGGAUAUUUUCAUUGUAUAUGUAACCUGGAUAUUAAACACAAGCUGUAGGAUUAGAAUCAUAAAUUAUGAAAAAUUUAAGAACAUUGAUAUCUGUUCAAUUACAGUUGAGCCUUCAAUAUUGACUACUGAAAUAAAAGACAUAAAGUAGUCUCUAUAGUUAGGUGGUCGCAUGGCAUUUUAUCUCAAACAUUUAACAAACUACAUUUUUCCUUUUCAAAAUUCUACAAAUCUGAUUCUUUAACGCUUUAAAUUGCUUCGCCGAAACUCAUCAAUAACUGCAUUUUUUCCCAAUGAUAACCAUUCGUUUUGUUUGCAAUUUUUUCCCAAAAUAAUUUCACAUAAAUUUGGAAAUCGAUGGUAGCACAUCACACAUAUAGUCUGGGCUGAUUAUCGGAGAAUAGGCCAUUUUUGGGAAAAGUUAUUUACCAGCAAUUUUAUUGCUGGAAUCGAAUUAUAAGAUCCUAUAUAUUAAUAAUAUAGGUAUGCAAAGUCCUCAGAUAGUGUGCUACUUUUUUUAUAAACAAAAUGGCCCACGAAAAUCGUGUUUUUUUCAAUUAUUGCUCUAUAACUCCGAAGAUUUUAACUUUACAACAAAAACACCCAAAUAAAAAUUCACCGUGAUUAAAUUCUGCAUAGAGACGCGUUUUUCCCGAUCUGCUCCGACGAAAAUUUUCCUCGGAAAAUGCGGGUUUUCCCAACAAAAUCUUUAAUUUUCAAAUAAAGUUUUAGAUAAGUAAUUAUCUACCAAUAAUUAAAUAAUUUGGUGACUUAAAAGCCUUUUUGGUUUAGAUUAUAGUUCCAGAAGCUGAUGAAAAUUAAACGAAUAUUUUAGCAACAAUUCAAUUGUUAGUUAAUAAUUUACGGUCGCAAUAAUAACCAAAAUAAUUAUGAUACACUGAUCAAGCUUUGAAAUCUUAUAAAGAUGAGAUGCCUAUUUAAUAUUUUGUCGAUAAAAUAUGAAUUUUUUAUUUUUUUGUAUAAUCUUUAAAUGUUUUAAAAAAAAUAGUUAUAAACAAAUUAACGUUUAUCAGAAAGUUUUUGUUAUAUUAUAAUUUUAAAAAAUAGCUAAAAUGCGCAUUUAAAAUAUCUUUAAAAUGAAUGCUCUAAAAAUUUUUUGCAACCAUUUGUAAAAAAGUUAUUAAACAGCAAAGUAAACAUACGAUUACUACUGUGUUUAUAAUUUUUUUUAAUUCUUUCAAAGCGUAGAAGUGAGUUUAAAGUACAAGCUAAUUAUUUACAAAAAAAUAUCGAUUAUAAGUUUAAUGGUUAUAUUUUAAUUAAAUAUUAUAAAUAUAUUUUUUUGUAAUUUACACGCGCGAAAGUAGAGUAACACAGUACUGUAGCUAAAAUUUUCACUCGGAGCGACGACCGGCCGCGUGAUGCACACUUUUAAUAAUUAAUGCAUACUGCGUGUCAGUCGCUUCGAGUGAACAUUUUAGCUCCGACUCUGUAUCAGGCCUACGUUUGCGCUAAAAAUUACAAAAAAAAGUAUUUUCAAUCUUUGAUUAAAAUAUAACCGUUGCACUAAUUUUUGACAUUCUUUGUGAGUAAUUAGGUUGUACCAUAGACGCACUUUUAAGCUUUGAAACAAUUAAAAAAAUUAUAAACAACGGAGAUUUCGUAUAUUUACUUUGCUGUUUCAUAACUUUUUUGCAAAUGGUUGGAAAAACUUUUUAAAGCAUUUAUUUUCAAGACCUAUGAAAUACGCAUUUUAAGUAUUUUUUAAAUUAGAGUAUAAUAAACAAUUUCUGAGAAAUGUUAAUUUGUUUAUAACAAUUUUUUUAAACAUUUAAAGAUUAUGCAAAAAAAAUGAAAAAUUUAUAUUUUGUCUUUAUACUUUAUAAUCUUUCUAAGUUUGAUCAAUGUCUCAUGAUUAUUUUGGUUGUUAUUGCGGCUGUAAAUUGUUAAUUAACAAUUGAAUUGUUGCUAAAAUAUUCGUUUCAUUUUCACCGGCUUCUGAAUUUAUAAUCUAUAACAAGAAAGCUUUUAUUUCACCAAGCUAUAUAAUUAUUGAUAAAUAAUUACUGGCCCAAAAAAUUUAUUUGAAAAUUCGAGAUUUUGUUGGGAAAACCGACAUUUUCCGAGGAAAAUUUUCGUCGGAGCAAAUCGGGAAAAACAUGCCUCUAUGCAUAAUUAAAUUGGGGUGAAUUUUUAUUUGAGUGUUUUUGGUGUAAAGUUAAAAUCUUCGGAGUUAUAGAGCAAUAAUUGAAAAAAAUACGAUUUGUUGGCGCCAUUUUGUUUAUAGAAAAAGUAGCACACUAUAUGCGGACUUUGCAUACCUAUAUUAAUAAUAUAUAGGAUCUUAUAAUUCGAUUCCAGCAAUAAAAUUGCUGGUAAAUAACCUUUCUUUGUACAUUACUAAUUAGACCAGCGUAUUAUAACUAUUUUUUUUUUCAAAAUUUAAAGAUUAUGCAAAAAAAAGAAAAAUUUAUAUUUUGUCGAUAAAAUAUUAAAUAAGCAUCUCAUCUUUAUAAUCCUUAUAAGUUUGAUCAAUGUAUCAUGAUUAUUUUGGUUAUUAUUGCGAUCGUAAUUUGUUAAUUAACAAUUGAAUUGUUGCUAAAAUAUUCGUUUAAUUUUCACCGGCUUCUGGAAUUACAAUCUAUACCAAGAAAGCUUUGAUGUCACUAAGUUAUUUAAUUAUUGAUUAAUAAUUACUUACCUAAAACUUUAUUUGAAAAUUAGAGUUUUUGUUAGGAAAACCCGCAUUUUCCGAGGAAAAUUUUCGUCGGAGCAAAUCGUGAAAAACAUAUCUCGAUGCAGAAUUUAAUUGCGGUGACUUUUUAUUAAGGUGUCUUGGUUGUAAAAUUAAAAUUUUCGGAGUUAUAGAGCAACAAUUGAAAAAAAUACGAUUUGUCGGCGCCAUUUUGUUUAUAAAAAAAGUAGCACACUAUCUGCGGACUUUGCAUACCUAUAUUAUUAAUAUAUAGGAUCUUAUAAUUCGAUUCCAGCAAUAAAAUUGCUGGUAAAUAACUUUUCCAUGAAUUUUGCUAAUUAGCCCAGAGUAAUACUAAGUUCAUAAUUUUUGUUUGUCUGCUAAGAGAACAAGCUAAAACUGAAGUUAUUAGGGAAGGUACCAGAUAUGUAUUUAAACAUUUAGGAAACAAAGGACUGCCUUUUCUUUUUCAUUUUUUGGAUAUUUACUUUGAAUAUAAUAUUAUGUGGAUGUAGAUCCUGUUAAGUAUAAAUUCCUAUAUAUCGAUACAACGGGCGGCUUUAUUUAGAUACUUCAUCAUAAAAUCCUCGAUCUGAGUGCUUGGAGGGAGUGGAACACAUGCAUUUUAUUGUUGCCUCAAUGAAGUUGAUCCUUCAAGCUUUAAACAUCUUAUAUCGUCAGAUACAGUUUCAAUAGGGAAUUUGCAUAAAAUUUUAAAUUCGAAAAAAAUGUUAUAAAUCACAACAGAACAUAAUUUAAAACAUGUAUCAAAGAUAAAAAAGUUUUGUCUUUCGUUUGGCCCCUAAAGACGAUUAAAAAUUCAAAUUAUACCACUCAGCCCAAAACGCAUCGUAACGUCAUCGGGCUAUAUGUUUACAUUUUGCACCAACAAAGUAAACAAAAUUGAAUAUAAUUUUAAAUUAGACAUUAUAAACGUCAGUAGAAAAUACAGUUAUGUGACGUUACAAGUGUUUUUGAUCGUUUGAACUAUUCAUAGAAAAUUUGUACUUUUACAAAAUGGUUUUAUUUUCCAUAGUAAACCUUCUUUCCUUUUCUUCAAUAACUAUAUCAAACUCCAAUCUCAACAAACUGGUAUAUAUUAUUAAAAUGACAUACGAUAAAUGUCAUUAGAAUAUAAAUAUUUUUCCUUUAUUCCGCGACGACGAGCUGGCCAAAUAUCCAAGUAGGUGGAGGCCAAUAAACUAAAGAAGAAGAAGAAUAUACCUAAAUAUAACCAUAAACGGAACCGUAUAGUUAAACUAUGUGACGUCACGGGUCGUUUAAACUAUUUUAAAAUACAGAAGACUUUAAAGGCUAUAGCGGGAUAAGAUGGUCAAAAAUGCCCCCGCACCGAUCAGCCCCGCUACUUAUGUUUUCGAUAAAGGAUAUAAAAUGAUGCCUUCAUGCACAUUUUUAGCUUCCCAGAGGUUCUAGAACGUCUUAAAUCGAAAAAAGAAGAAUUUUUAGGUUUUAUUUUUUGUGAGCGCAAUUUUACUUUAAAAAAUCUGAAAAAAUUCAAGAGGUUGUAUCUUUUUAAUACAAAACAACCUGAUUUUUUUUUACAUUUUUGUAAUAAAAAAUGAGCCCAGGAAAAAUUUUUGAAAUUUUCAAAAAAAUUUUACGUUAUAUGAUUUGGCCAACUUUUAAAUAGUAUUUUUUUGUACUUUUUGCCGUUGUUUUGAAUGGCAAAGGCAGAAAUUUUAAUAUCUGAGCGGAAAGAACGAAAAAAUCGAAAAAACCGUUUUUGGCUGUCUCGAGAUGCAUCUCGGGACAGCCAAUUUUAGGAUUUAGGAUCCUGACUACAACAACUGAAAAAAAUAACUAAUAGUGUGAAUUUUGUCAUAAAAUUUGGUAUAUGGGGUUAUAAUAAAAUUUGAAACCACUUUUCCAAAUAACUUUUCGAUAUCUCUAACGCGAAGCAAAUCGAAUCGCAUAUCGAAGAUUCACCCUGUAUGUGGAUUCGCAGUAGGCCGCGUUUCAAAUUUAAAAUUCAGUUGACUAUUUUAAAAAUUGUAAACCAUCACCUUGUAUAACUGCGCAAAAUUUCAAAUCUGUAUAUACAUAUUUUGAUAGCCGAAACAUAGGUGUGUCUUCAUCUUAAAUGCGACACUCUGUAUCUUAUCAAUUUGAUAAUUUAUUGCAACUAAUAUAGUCGUAUUUAUUAUAUAUUCAAAAUAUACAAUCAAAAUACUGACUAAUUCACUAAUUUUUUCAUAAAAAUUUCAAAUUGAUUGCAUUGAAGUAUUGAACCAAUUAAUAUGUAAUAAUAUAAUAUACAAAGUGAGUUUUAUGUAUGGAAACCCUCAAUUAUCUCGGAAACGGCUUGCACGAUUUUUAUAGAUUUUGGUGCUUAAGAGUUUUCUAAUGUGGCCGAUAUUAUGGUGUUAAUUACAUUGUUGUCAGAUCUUCCGUUUUUGUGAAAAUCUAAUUAACUUUCUUAUUUUAAAUUGAACACCCUGUAUAUUUUUUGCGUUUUGAAGUCCUUAAGAAAUACUGAUUAUUUUCCAUGUUAUAAUCCCUAUACAUAUAGGCCAUAAUAUCGGAGUUAUUGCUACAUUUAUUUUAAAAAAAACUUUUUAAACAAAUUAAAAAUCAUUUUUUAAUCGUUUUCGAGUUAUAAAUAAUUUAAAACUGAAAAGAAAUCGAAUAAUUACGAUUUUCAAGGUUAAAAAACACAAAUCAAAAAUAUUAUGUUUGAAACUGCGAAGUACUGAAAUUGAAGGUAAAACCUUAUUUUAUCAGAUAACAGUAAUAAAUUUGAACUUGUUUCAUUCUAAAAUAUUGUUUUUUAGUUGUUAAUGCAUGUCUACACGGGCCGAAAAAAUUUAUUUUUAUAAUUUGUUUAAAUUUUUUUUUAAUAAAUGUAGCAAAAAAAUACAGGGUGUUCCAUUUGAAAUAAAAAAGUUCAUUAAAUUUCCAGAAAAACGGGAAAUCUGACAACGAUGUAAUUAUCACUGUAAUAUCGGCUGCGUUAGAAAACCCCUACCCACCAAAACCUAUAAAAAUCGUGCAAGCCGUUUCCGAGACACUUGAGGGCUUCUAUACAUAAAACUCUAUUAUAUUAUAAUUAUUAUACUUAAUAAUAUUAUAAUAUUAAUACGCAUAAAUUGGUUCAAUACUUCAAUCCAAUCAAUUUGAACUUUUUAUGAUAAUGAAUCAUAUUGAUUGUAUAUUUUGAAUCUAUAAAAAAUACUACUAUAUUAGUUGCAAUUGAAAUAAAUUAUCGCAUUGAUAAGAUACAGUGUGUCGCAUUUAAGAUAAAGGCUAUGUUUCGGCUAUCAAAAUAUAUACAUAUUUGAAAUUUUGCACAGUCAUACAGGUUGAUGGUUCACAAUUUUUAAAAAAAUUAACUGAACUUUAAUUUAAACGCGGCCUACUGCGAAUCCACAAACAGGGUGAAUUUUCGAUGUGCGAUUCGAUUAGUUAUUUGGAAAAGUUGUUCCAAAUAUUGUUAUAACCCCACAUACCAAAUUUUAUGACAAAAUUCACACUUUUAUUUUUUUUUUCAGGUUUUGUAGUCGGGAUCCUAUAUCCUAAAAUUGGCUGUCCCGAGAUGCAUCUCGAAACAGCCAAAAACGGUUUUUUUGAUUUUUUCGUUCUUUCUGCUCAGAUAUUAACAUUUCUGCCUCUGCCAUUCAAAAGAACGGCAAAAAGUACACAAAAAAAUACUAUUUAAAAGUUGGCUAGAUCAUAAUAUCAUAACCUAAAAAAUUUUUGAAAAUUUCAAAAAUGUUUCCUGGGCUCAUUCUUCAUUACAAAAAUCUGAAAAAAAUCAGGUUGUUUUGUAUUCAAAAGAUACAACCUCUUGAAUUUUUUCAGAUUUUUUAAAGUAAAAUGGCGCUCAAAAAAAAUAAAACCUAAAAAUUCUUCUUUUCUUGAUUUAAGACGUUCUAGGACCUUUGGGAAGCUAAAAAUUUGCAUGUGGGCAUAAUUUUAUAUCCUUUAUCGAAAACAUAAGUAGCGGGGCUGAUCGGUGCGGGGGCAUUUUUGACCAUCUUAUCCCGCUAUAGCCUUUGUACUUCUAAGUUAUUAUGAGUUUUUGAAGCGUGGAAAUUUUGCAAAUCUCAUUUUUAUACAAAACUGAACAUUAUUAUGUAAUAAAAAAAUGAGCUUAAAGAUUUACUAUCAAAGAAAAGGUAGAAGGCCAAAGAAGAUAAAGGAUCCGAUAUCCUAAAAUUGGCUGUCCCGAGAUGCAUCUCGAGACAGCCAAAAACGGUUUUUUUGAUUUUUUCGUUCUUUCUGCUCAGAUAUUAACAUUUCUGCCUCUGCCAUUCAAAAGAACGGCAAAAAGUACACAAAAAAAUACUAUUUAAAAGUUGGCCAAAUCAUAAUAUCAUGACCUUAAAAAUUUUUGAAAAUUUCAAAAAUGUUUCCUGGGCUCAUUCUUCAUUACAAAAAUCUGAAAAAAAUCAGGUUGUUUUGUAUUCAAAAGAUACAACCUCUUGAAUUUUUUCAGAUUUUUUAAAGUAAAAUGACGCUAAAAAAAAAUAAAACCUAAAAAUUCUUCUUUUCUUGAUUUAAGACGUUCUAAGACCUUUGGGAAGCUAAAAAUUUGCAUGUGGGCAUAAUUUUAUAUCCUUUAUCGAAAACAUAAGUAGCGGGGCUGAUCGGUGCGGGGGCAUUUUUGACCAUCUUAUCCCGCUAUAGCCUUUGUACUUCUAAGUUAUUAUGAGUUUUUGAAGCGUGGAAAUUUUGCAAAUCUCAUUUUUAUACAAAACUGAACAUUAUUAUGUAAUAAAAAAAAUGAGCUAAAGACUUACUAUCCAAGAAAAGGUAGAAGGCCAAAGAUCGCGAGGAGGAUCCCCAACAAGAUGGAUCGAUCAAAUUACAGGAAUAUGCAAAAGACCUGUGCAUGAGUUAAAAGAGAUGACUAGAGACCGAGAUCUUUGGGGACGGACAAAUCAUGACAUCACAAUGACCACUACACUACACAAAGCCAUUGGGUUGCUAUUUAAAGAGGUCAUUAUUGGAGUUUCAACUGUAUAUUUGUUUAAUCCAAUUGAUACAUACAUGGGCAUGGUUUGUUUUUUGCCUGUAUAGUUGUAAUAAUUUUAAUAAACGCUCAGUAACUAGACAUUCAGGUGUUCAUUUCUAAUUUUGGUAUGUCAUAAGUGUAGCUAUAUCCUGUUUUUAAACUAGGAAGAGUAAUUCAAAUUUACCGUGCCGUAAUGCUUGUUUGUGAUUGGUCCAACCUCAGGCAAGUUUACUCCACUGUUAUGAAAUUUUGACACUAUUGACAUUUAUGAAAUUUUGACCCUAAUAAUAAUAAUAAUAUCGUAUGGCAUUUUUGCCGGGGAGAUCCUUUCGGACAGUUCCGGCGCCAUUUACAUCUUUAACCCUGUUUCAAGUAACUAGUGCCGAUGUACACUAGCCCAGGGGGACCGAAGGCUUUACGUGCUCUCCGAGGCACGGUGAGACGGCUCGUGUCAUUAUUGGAAAUGAAAAUGGUUUGUUUUUGGCAGGGCUCAAACCCACGUGCACUGGCGUAUGAGGCCAGCGAAUAUGCCGUUACUCCAAGCCGCUCACAUUUGACCCUAAUGGCAUUUCAUAGGUUAAUUAAGUUAUAUCGGCAAUUUUUUGUGUUUUCUGCGUUAUUCCUUUAACUUUUAAAUCGUUAGUGUGCUUUUAUAUAAACCGUUGUGUUUGGAACUCUUUAGCGACGUAUUAGUAUAAUAUAAUAUUUAUGGAUUACCGUCGAAGGCCGCCAUGAUGAAAUAAAAUAGAUGUAUUUGGUGAUUUUUCUAGUGACAUUAUUGGGUGUGAAUCUGUCUUUUCAGUUUAUUCCUCCUGGUUUAAAAACAGGGUACAGUACAAUAAUAGUGAGUUGACAAUUGUGUUGAAUUAAAGACACGGAUAGAUAACUAAAUAGUACAGCGUUUUAUGACUUUGAUUAUUUAAUACGCCUUGCAUGCUAGACCUCGAGGGUAUCCAUACGUUUUUCCUUUGUACAGGCAUUGCGGCAUUAAUCGGUACAUACGAUAUCAUUGACGACUAGAAUUUAAGAGGAUUCACAGCUGUCAAAAUAUUUAAAAGUCGGAAGUAAUAAAAACAGAUUAUUUUGACUUGCACAGUAGCAGUAGCUUAAAUAACUAAGAACAAAAAGGAAAGGCAUAACGAAAAAGAAAUACAGAAGGAAAAUGAGAUUUAUGUAGAGUUAAAUCAUGAAUAGAAAGAAUAGUAUGAGUAUGAUAAUAGUAAUAGCAGCAAUAAUAUGACUACCAAAGAUAUUAAUGGCAAGCUCAAAAUCUCUUUUUAUUGGUUAAUUGUGACUAAAACACUUAUGGCCGGUUUCGCCAAUGACAAAUAGUAGUUUAUUCUAUGAAUAAAGUUUCAUUUCUCUAUUUUACUAACGUCAAAUAAGACUAAUUUAUUUUAUUUAUUUAUCAAAUAAAUACUUACUCUUCGUAUAAAUUGGCAAGUUAAUCCCGCUGUAAAUAUUUAUAAGAAAGUAAAUUCGCCAGUUUAACUAUAAAUUAUCCAAAAUUAUCUUGAUACAAAAUAUAAACGUAUAAUAAAUGUUAUUUGACGAAUAAAUAUUCAUUAUUUGUUGUUGGUGAAACCGGACCUUGAGUUUACGAUUUUCAAGAAAUGUCGAGACGUAAAUACGUUGGAACUUAACGAUCGCAUGCUUAAAUGUCGAUUUUGUUCCAAUGCGUUACGGAUGUCAAUAAAUAUUAAAUAUCUAAUCUUACAGUUUUGUUGUGUGUCCAUAAUAGUAGACUUAGUUUAGAUCUGUACCCAUUUUUAAUUGGUAGGUAUAGAUUGUUUAAAGUAUUUUUCAAUUCUAAUGCUAAGCUUCUAUUUGUUUAUCUUUUAAGGAUAUGUACAUACUAUUUAAAAGGUUUUUUUAUUAAACUCCUUAUAGAAAAAAUUUCAAGUUAUGAAGCAAAUCUGAUUAUUAUGUCAACUUUUUUAUUUUAUUAAAAGAUUUAAGUUGGUUUUUGUAAAUAACUUGUUUUUAAGUAAAAUCUAAAAAUAUAA